UUUCAAUUGAACGCACAUACACAGUCGGUUGUUCACUGCUUCGCGGCUUCGUUUCUGUUUCUUCUGUUUGUCAAUUCAAUUCGUUUAUCUGUACGCAAAAAAAAGAAAAAGGAAUAAUUUUUGAAAAUUUUCACAUAUUUAAUUUAAUUUUGUUAAUCUAAUUUGUGUUGAGAAAAUAAUAAAAAAGAAAAAAAAAACGUCGUGAUUAAAAGUUUCCCUCUCCCAAACAAAAAACAGAAUCUAAUUAAACUCAGUGAAAUAUAAAAAUAAAAUAGAAAAAUCAACAUUUUUUCAAAGAAAACGAAAGAAAUUUCAAAGAAUACCCAAUCCCGACUCGGAGGACACUCAAAGGCAACCUUCAAAAAAAAAAAAGAAAAGGAAAACGAAGAAAAAUUCGCCACAAGGUUUCACGCUCUUGGUUUCCAAGUAAAUUUGCAGAAGAAGAACGUAGAAAUUCUCUGCAUACCAAAAGCUAGAGCUUGAGAUAGACCAAAAGCUAGAGACCUAGAGAAGCGCCUAUAGAAGCUACAAAACGCUCAAGAGCUAUGCACUUCCUGUGGAAUUCAUCUGACCAAACAUAAAUUUAUUCUUCGUUCGUCGUUUUGUCAUUUCGUUUGGUCUUUCGUGUCUUUUUGUUAAUUUUUUGUGAAGAUUUAUUUUUGCGUGCGCGGCGCGAGUGCAAUGGUUUGGAUUCUGGUUCUGUUUCUAUGAAAACGAAGAAGAGAAGAAUUCAAUGAAUUUCCGCGCGUGUUAACGUUAAACCAAAGAAUCCAUCAUCAUAAUAGAUUUUCUUUUUUCGAACUCUUAACAUAAUUUUUCCUUUACGGAUUAACCAAAAGAAGUUCCAUCACAGCAGCAGCAGCAAUGGAAACUAUCGAAGAACAAUCUUCGGCUAAAAGUGACGAAAUGUCAAUAUCACCUUCACCGGAAAACCUAAGAAUAUGCCUAUUGGGAUGUGUCGUCGAUGACAAUUCCAUUGUAGAUGCUGCUAAAACAUUUGGUGUUCCCGUUCUAACAUCGGAAACAGGUCUGGAAAUCUUAACCGAUAACGAAUGGAUAACAUAUUUUGUGAUGAAAGAGUUCGAUGGUCCCAUUUAUGAAGCGAUUCACAAGAGUAAACACAGAAUUAUGGGACCACCUGCUCUGAUAUACGCAGCAAAAAUGAAAGAUGGUUUAGUACACAACGCAAGACCAAUUUAUAACUACUCCAUGAAAGGAGUAAUCACAUGUUUUACAGGGAUCCGAAAAAAGGAUGAGUUGACAAAACUUGUAAAAUUAAUUCAUUCAAUGGGCGGUGGAAUACGCAAAGAUAUGAACUCCAAAGUAACCCAUUUGAUAAGUAACGUCAGUGGGGGUGAAAAAUAUCAAUAUGCGAAAACAUUCCGUCUAACAGUGUUGCGAUCGCAAUGGGUACAUGAUGCCUGGGAGAAACGUGACGAACCACAGUUUCUAGCCACAGCCGAAGACUUCACACGCGACCACAAACUGAAAGCUUUCGAGGGUCAGAAAAUCUGUUUUUUUGGUUUUCCACCAGAUGAGCAUCAGCAUAUGUUGGAUGUGUUGCGAAGUAAUGGGGGUGUUCCAGCGGAAUUGGACGAUCCAGAUUGCUCGCAUGUUGUAAUGGCUAACACUGGUGGUUAUUUCCCUGAGAAUCUUUCCUCCUCUCCCACAACUAUCACAAAUCAAAAAACCAAAUCCUCCUCCUCUCCCUCAAGUAGUAAUUCCUUAAAUAAUAAUAAUGAUAACAUAGAAGCACAGGUAGAAAGUUCAGAUGAAGUAAUGGAUGUUGAUGUGGAUAAUUCUUCAUCACCGAAAACACCUGAGAAAGUUCAAAAACCCGAUGGGAUUGUUCUAAGAUUAAAUGAAAAAAACGAAUUUCAAAGCCCCAAUAAUAUCUCACCGAUUUUGGGUGCAUCCCGACAGCCAGAGAAACUAUUCUCAAUAAUUGAGAACAACAUAAGUCCAAUUCACGGUGCUACUCCUGCUGCAGCUGCUGAUGUUGAUGUUGAAGAUGAUGAUGAAGAUUUAGACAUCGAUGUUACCGAAUCAUCCGACCCGAACAAAGACCUAAAACGUAAGCGUGAAAGUCUCGAUAGUAUGUCUAUAAUAUCAGUGGAUUCAUUUGCCUUGCCAAUGAGUGUCCAAAGUGCAAAGAAGCCCAAACUAACUCGAACCGGUUCGAUAACACGCAGCAUAAAGCGCAGUAUGAGUUUUGUUGCUGUUAGAACACCCAUUGCAAAAAUGCUACGCCAUCGACGUAGUUCUGUCGAUCCAGAUGCUUCAAUAAGUUCAAUUACAUCACUAGAAAGUACAUUCAAUGAGUCAAUUAAGAAGCCAGUCAAAGAAAAGCUACGAGGUCUACGUGAUCGCCUUACAAGGAGUUCAUCAACUAUCUCAUCGUCGAUUACAUCGAAUAAAAAGUCCGCACAAAAGUCAUUGAGUGGAAAAUUCACAUCAAAGAGCAAAUUCGAUUAUGAUACUCCGGAGAAGAAUGAGAAUAAUUCUACUUCAGCGGCGGCGCCCUCGGAUACAAUUGAUUUCAAAACCCCCAAAGCACCGAGGUCAAUUUCAAAAAAUAUCCAUCAAAAUCAACAUCCUUACCAUCACCACUACCAUCACCAAUCCCAUCAAAACUUCAACCAAAACCUUAACCAACUCCAAUCUAGCUCAUCGGAAUUAAUUCCCCCACCCGAAAGUCCUGGUGUUGGUCCAAGUAUUAAUAAUUCUUUAGCUAAUACUAACUCUAUAUCUACUGCUACUGCUGUUACUACUACUACUACUACUACUUAUCUAUCAAGUAAUCAACAACAAGAACCAUUAUCAUCAAUCAAUCAAUCUCAAACUCAAUCCUUGCUUGUUCAACCACCAGUAAGCAUUUCGUGCACUGUUGAUAGAAUUUUACCAGCAGCUGCUGUUGCAAGCACAACAACAACAACUAGAAAUGAUAAUGAGUGUGAUAUUUCUACUUUGUGUGCAAUUGAUCGGGGACGUUUAACGGUCGUUGAUGAACAUUUCGCUCAAGCCAAACCGGAGCCAAAGAACAGUCGGACGCAUAUACUUAAGUCAGAUUGGUUUUGGUAUACGAUACAAAAUGGAUAUGCGGAUGAAAUGGAUUAUCUUUUUGGCGAUUAUUUGGAUAGUAUAGCGAAUACACCUAACACAGAUCGUCGUGAUUCGUUACCGAUAAGUUUUAACAAGAGGAAAAGGAAACGUUUCUCACAACGUAUUCAAUUAGAAGGUACCCCCAUUGGUUCGGGCAAGCGACGUUCAUCGGUAUCCGAUGCAGGUCUCCUAUCAGUGUCUGGGAGUUUCUUCGAUAGCACAGCAAGUCCGGAUAAGAUUGAGAGUGUUGGAAAAAUCAUAUCCGAACCAGAAUCAGCUACAGAACAAACUCCCAAAAAUAAAUCAAUGCGAUUCAAUCAUUUCACAGAUUUCUUUAGUACAGAAUCGAAUUAUGUUGGUAUUUUAGAUACUAUUGUUCAUCUCUUUAAAAAUCCACUUGAAGAAAAAGCUGAAAGUUCUGAUGCAUUAUUAAAUAAAUCAGAAAUUCGAGCAAUAUUUGGUAAUUUUAUACCCAUCCAUGAAGUACAUCAGAGAAUGUUAGAAUGUUUACGUGAUUUACAUACAAAAUGGCGUGAAGAUUGUUCAAUUGGUGAAAUAAUCUUACGGCAUCGUGAUGAAUUAAUAAAAGCCUAUCCGCCCUAUGUGAAUUUCUUUGAACAAAUGAAGGAGUGCCUUAUACAUUGUGAUACACAAAAUCCUAGAUUUCAUGCAUUUUUGAAAAUCAAUCAAGCUAAGCCCGAGUGUGGUCGGCAAACAUUGCAAGAUUUGAUGAUACGUCCUGUACAGCGACUGCCUAGUAUAAGUUUAUUGUUAAAUGAUAUUCUUAAGCACACAAAUAAGAAUAAUCCAGAUUAUCAAAAGCUGGAGGAAGCUUUGAAAGCAAUCAAAGAAGUGAUGGCUCACAUAAAUGAGGACAAACGAAAGACAGAAGGUCGAAUGGCCAUAUUCGACAUUUUCAAUGAUAUUGAAGGGUGUCCUGCCCAUCUAGUCUCCUCAAAUCGUAGUUUUAUAUCCAAAUGUGAAGUCACAGAACUGUCGGAUAAUUUAAGUGGUCGUGGAGACAGUCUGAUGCUCUAUCUCUUCUCUGACACAAUAGAAGUGUGUAAGAAGCGAUCGCGAGGUUUCAACAGUGCCAAAUCUCCAAGCACAACAAAAUGCUUUAAACACAUCAAAUUGAUGUCUUUGAAUGCGAUACGUUUUGUCAUCGAUAUCACAGAUAGUCCUCGAGCAUUUGCAAUACUUUGUCGACAGGAUAAAGAUAAAUUGCAUUCGUUUACCAUUGCCGAUGAGGAAAUUGAUAAAGUUGUCUAUCUCAAAACACUGUGUAAACAAAUGGCCGAGAAUGCUUGUCGAACUGAUACGGAUAAAUCACUGCUCUUUAGGACGUCACAAGAGCUUGAAGUAGAUAUUAGUGAUGUGAAUUUGAGCACACUCUCGAAGGCAUUUAAACUUGCUGCCAGGACGAGAUUAAAGGUUGGAAGAGCAUUUUCCUUUAACAAAACCCCAUCGAAAUUAAAAAGAGCUGUCUCUACGAUGAUGACUUCACCGUUUGGGAGUACAAACUCCCUGACUCCUGCAUCACAGCUGGCGCAGAUGAGACUCGCCAGCUGUACAAAUAUCAAUGAAGUAGUUGGUGAAGAAGAUAGUCGCUGUGGUUCGCCUACAUCACAAUCAGAGGUGCUUGUCGCCCCCUUGUCCAUCCAGCCAACAAGAAAAGCCAAAUCCUCAACAAUGUCAAUGGCUGGAUUGAGACGCAUCUGAUAAUAAAUUAAUGAGGGGUCUCCAAUAAAAAAAAAAAACAA